AUGUCAGGUAACUGGUCGACCGUGAGGCUUUCAUCGCUGGCUCCACCCAUCCAUUCUGUAGCCCCACCCUCUCACAACACCUCCCAGUUCCCCCCUCUUGCAGACUGGGAGGCUCCGAGCUUCACCUGGGCUGCUAAGUUCCGUGUUGGAGCCACCGUCUUCCUCUUUGCGUUCGCCGCCUGCAGCAACCUCGCCCUAUUGGUCAGCGUGUGGUGUGGGCGUGGCCAGCGGCUGGCAUCUCACCUGCGGCCGCUGAUGCUGAGCCUGGCGUCGGCCGACCUGAUGAUGACGUUUGUGGUGAUGCCUCUGGAUGCGGUGUGGAACGUGACGGUGCAGUGGUACGGAGGAGAUGCUCUCUGUAAGCUGCUCUGCUUCCUGAAGCUGUUCGCCAUGCACGCCUCCGCCUUCAUACUGGUCGUCAUCAGCCUGGACCGCCAGCACGCCAUCCUGCACCCGCUGGACGCUCUGAGCGCGCACUGCAGGAACCGUCGCAUGCUGCUGCUGGCCUGGAGCCUCAGCCUGCUGCUUGCAUCGCCACAGCUGUUUAUCUUCCGGACGAUCAGGGUGGAGGCCGUGGACUUCACCCAGUGCGCCACUCACGGCAGCUUCAGCCACCGCUGGCAGGAAACCGCGUACAACAUGUUCCACUUCACGACGCUGUACGUCGUCCCCCUGCUGGUGAUGAGCUGCUGCUACAGCCGCAUCCUGUUGCACAUCCACCUGCAGCACCUGAGGGACAAAGCCGGGGAGUCGUACCUGCGACGCAGCGGCACUGACAUCAUCCCGAAGGCCCGGAUGAAGACCCUGAAGAUGACGGUGGUCAUCGUGCUGUCCUUCGUGGUGUGCUGGACUCCGUAUUACCUGUUGGGUAUCUGGUACUGGUUCCAGCCUGACAUGCUAAGCUUCACACCCGACUACGUCCACCAUGCUCUCUUUGUUUUUGGGAACUUGAACACCUGCUGCGAUCCCGUCAUCUACAGCUACUACACGCCAUCCUUCAGGGCCGACCUCGCCGCCUGCUGCCGCGGGACCAGGACCAACGCUCCGCUGCGAUCCCCAGACCAACUGUCCGCCAGGCGGGGUCCUCGUAGUGGGGAGCACGAGUUGGACCCCACCACCAACAAGCAGGCAGCAGACUCACACCGACCAGUCAGAGGGCAGGAGUUAGAUGAUGUCACAUUCUGUGCCUGA